AUGUACAGUUGGACUGCAAGCGGUCCACUACAGAGAACUGUUCUCCUCCAACACGAUCAUCGACCGUUCAGGGAUGGCAAAUCUUAUAUCAUCAGAAAUGCCCCGACUGAAGUGCUUAUCAGGACGACAUUGACCCACACAAUUUGCGAGACUGUGAACGGCAAUGCGAUCAGGAGCACGAGCGGCGGCACAUCAGUGGUCGACACGACGGCUGGCGAGACACUUUCUUCUACGCCUCCUACUUCGACGUCACAGUCGUCUCAGAGGAAUAAUCUGCAGCGCUCAUCCAGCAGUCAAACACCUAGCGAGUCUCGCAGCCUUCUCGUCGACUCAACAUCUUUCGAUCCUUCCUCCGCCCAAACCUCUUCAAUUCCCAGUCCCAUCUCUUCACAACAGGUAUCCAAUCUGGUAAUCGGCGAUGGCAUACCCGGAGGCCAAGUCAGCGACCUACCGCCCGGUCUGUUAAUCGCUCUGGCGGUCGAUCGGCUUGCCGGCUCUUCCCGUGCUGCUGUGCUCAAGCGACAGUCUGAUGACAGAGAUCGGGCUGUAGACGUUGUGAACCUGAUUCCCGAAGCCUUGCCUGGAGGUCUCGAUCAGGAAGACUGCGAUGAUGCCAGUCUACUGUCUCUACAAAACGGCGUUCUCGUUCAAGGAAAUCGUACCGUCGACAAGACCCAAGGAGAUUUUGAUACGGUGCUCGGUUAUUCCGAUGAUGGACAAGACAAUGUGGCACGGACCAACAAGACAUUCACAUUGACAGAUGGUUGGUUGUCAUGGAAUACAAGCGACAACGGCGUAGCGACUUUCUACUUCUGCGACGGCCUAGUGUAUGCUGCAUUCCAGGGCGCCGCUCUUCCGUGCCCGCGUGUCCGUGUGGGUGCUUUCGACCGUCGGGCUUGCUUGCGGAAGUUAGGGAUCGAUGCGGGCCCUAGCGAUUCCACUUCGCUUUCUAUGACCACGCAUGGAGCCAAUCAAUCUGUCGACGGCACUCUGGAUGUGACUUCUUCUACUUUAUACACAUAUUCCUAUUCAACCACACCAUACACAAGUCCUCCCGGUGACAGAGGCGCAGCAACACUUUUAGCUGACUCCUCGAUCUUACUGUCUUCAGCGUCAACAGCGGCAUUUGACGCAACGUCGCCGCAAUCCUCCAUGAACGAAGUCGCUCCUGUGUCUACCAGCAUGUCUUCCUCGGAGCUCCAGCUAUCAACAGUGUCCGAAACGACGACAAGUGCGCCGGUGUCGACGCUUUCGUCAUCGGCAAGCUCCGCAGAUUUGCCUACAUCUACCGGACUUUCGCUCAGCACCCGUUCAUCAAGCUAUACGAUCACAAUUGGUAGUCUCUCGAUACCUACACCAUCAUUGACGGCUCGCUCAAGUGGUCUCCCAUCACCAUCUGCGCCAUACACAGAACCCACCACAAGCCGGUUUAUCACCACAUCAUCGUCGCUGGAUACCGACGUCAAUGCAUCUUCCACGAUCCACAACACGACUUCGGUGUUCUCCAAUCAGUCGAUGGUAUCGAGCACGACGUUGUUCGAUCCGAUCGUCCCGAGAACCAACUCCUCUUCAAUUCAACCAUACUUGUCGACCAACCGGACCUCUCUUGCGAGCGCCUUCAUCACAAUCAUCGACCAGUCGGACGUCUCUACUGAGCAUGAAUACAAGUUUGAGCUCGAUUGCUGGCACAAUUUUCUCUUCCUCCAGUACAGCCUCGUCAGUCUUGCCAACUACUUUCAAUAG